UUGGUACUUGUUUAGUUCAAAAUACUUGAUUGCUUAUUGAGGUUGAACUUGACUUGUGUACAGUAAAGAUGUUGUGAUUGCUUGACUUUUAAAUACACAAAGAUUUAAAUCGUGUCUUUUCUGGACUAGUUAUUCGUAUUCACAGAGAUACUGUGAAAUUAAGAAUUUUCCUCAACUUAAGCUGUUAGUUUUGUGUGCUUAAACAGUCAGUUAUCAAAAUGGCGGGCUUGUCUAUGUCUUCACUUGCCAUAAGCUCUGACGAGGUUAAGGAUUUUAUUUGUUCCUCAUGCGAAGAGCAAGCAAAUGCAGAAUUUUACUGCAAAACAUGUUUGAAACUGUAUUGUGGGAAAUGUAUUCAGUUGCAUGAUAAGUGGUUUAAAAAACAUUCAGCUUAUGGAAGGAAUGACAUGAAAAAAUGGCCAGUUUCGAAAGAGGUGGAGGAAUUUCUAUUAAAGUGUGAAGCGCAUAAGGACCACAAAAUUGAAAUGUUAUGUGAUGACCACAGUCAGCUGUGUUGCACAAAGUGUGCCUUCAAUAAUCACAGCCAGUGCAGUAAAGUGACCCAGAUUUUGGAGCUGACCAACUCGCAGCCCACUGGCCUGGAGGGGUUGUCAGUGGAGCUGGAAACUGUUAUGGGGGAAAUUAAAACCCUGCAGAUCAGUCAAGAGGCCAGCAUUCAGUCAUUGCAGAGAACAUACAAGGAACAUAGGGAAGUUAUGAUAGAACAAAUGUGUGGCAAUUUAAAUACUUAUAUAGAUGAAUGUGAUAAUAAUUUUGUGGGUACAUCAGGCGGAAAUGAGCAAUAUUUAAAAGAAGAGAUGUGUAGGAGUGUUCUCUCUAUCGUGAAUGAAUUCGAUAAUAUUACUGCGAAGGAACUUAACGAGAUGAAAGAUGAAGUUAUAAGCAUAAAAGGGUCAGUUACAAGUUCCGUUCAUAAAUGCACCAGUCUUCACAGUGACUUGUUACAAUUACUUGAAAUCGUUCAGAAAAUUGGAGAUAAUAAGGAGCUCUGCCUUAUAGCCAGCAUAAAAUGUAAACAUAUCAUACAGCAGGCAUUGACUCUGCUUGGAAAGUCAGGCAAGGUGUUUAAGGUCCAGGGGAAGUCUGAGUACAAUGUGAGAAUACCAAGUGAUUCAGUUACAUGUGGUAUCUCAGGCAUAUGUGCUCUCCCAGAUGGACAGGUCCUGGUUACAGACUACAAUAAUAAGAGAGUCAAGCUUCUGAGCCAGCAGUACCAGGUGGUGAGUCACUGGGAUGUGAAUGCUCGGCCAGUUGACAUUUGUUUGAUCACACCGAGUGAGGUUGCAGUGGCUGUGAAUACUAGCUACACACAUGAGGUCCAGUUUAUCACUGUCAACCAGGUAAAGCUUGUUCUUGGCAGGAAGUUUCAGUUACAACAUGAAUGUACAGGGAUUGUCCAUCACCAAGGAGACAUUUUUGUCACUUCUGGUAAAGAACUGUACAAAUACACGCUGAGUGGCAAACUGAUCUGCAGACUCUAUGAAGAUUUGGAUUAUAAUACAGUAGACAAGUGUGCUGUGAGUCCCACAGGAGACAGGCUGUACAUCACUAACUGGGACCAGGACAAGCUUCGCACCCUGGCCAGGGAUGGCACACUCCUGGCUACAUAUUCAGACCCAGCACUAGAGGGCCCAUCUGGUCUACAUGUGACCCCUGCAGGCCAAGUGCUGGUCUGUGGAGACUAUUCCCACACUGUACAUCAGGUGGGCUGGGAGGGAGAGAGUAAGCUGGCUACUCUGGCUACUGAGGAGGAUGGAGUGUGGUGGCCAUGGUCAGUCUGCUACAGCAGCACCACAUCAUCCAUCAUUGUGGGACAGGACAGGGACGACAACAUCCUGGUGUUCAAAGUGGAAUAGUGUGUACAUUUGCUGCUGGGUCGAGACAACGAUGUUGAGGAUGUGGGGGACAAGCAUGAAGCAGAAGGAGAGCACCAGCAGUGAUAUCAAGUUGGCCAACCAACAGCACCAGUCGGGCCUGCAGGAGCCCCAACACAAAACAAUCCUUUCCCUCCCCUGAUCCCUAGCUCCUCCCACUGGACCUCCGGCUUCAAAUGGUCAGCAUCGUUACACAAGUCUGUUCUGCAAUAAAUCCUCAGCACGUCAAGUUUUCACGCGCUGUUAUGAACAACCGAAAUGUCUGUGUCGAGAUUUCCCCAAGCAAGCCCGAGUAGUUUUGUUUAGCUCUAGUGCCCGAGUAGGAGGAGUGUUACAGAAGCGAGACGUUAUAGCAGCACUUAUGGUAACGCUAACAGUUAACGCUAACAGUUAGUUCUCGCUGUGGACAUCACGAAGAAUCUCACGAAGAAUGAAACGUUGAAUAGUUUGUUUAAUUCUUUAUAAGACAGCUAUAUAUUCAGCGAGGAACGGGAGCAAAUCAAGGAACAAUUGAGACGAUUCAUUCAGAAGAAUAUCUGCUGCAGAUAGUUAGGACAGUAGUAGCGUUACGGACUGUCCUCAGCGCACAAUAUAUUCAUGUGGUGCACCUCAGACGCAAAUUCCCCCCAUUAUUGAAAACAAGUUGCUAAAAGUAAACACGCCCAGUUUUGCAAUCUGAGCCCAAACGGCAUCGCAUUGAAUUGAGACUAAAGGAGGCUUAAAAACAUGACACCAGUUUUGUUGUAAGGUACGCCCUUCGACUCUCAACCCGAAGUUUAUCAGAACUCAAAUUUGGCCCUUAACAAUAUCUGCGAAGCCAGCAUAUCAGCUCAGCUUCUGAGCUUCAGCAAACACUAUAAGCCGCCAAGAUAAAAACAUCGUUGAAGUGAAAGUCGAUGACAAUCCUGACCCUUUCGCUUAAGUAAUUCAGCACAAAAACGUCUUGCGUCAAGAGUAGCAAGCCUCCAAACAUCUUCUCCCGUGUUGGCUACAUCAACACUUUUUACAGCGGAGCCUUGGCGAGUUCGACUUCCAUUUCAGCAUCGAUGUUGCUUAGCAACAAUUCAAUGCUGGGAAUCGACAAAUUGUUCUAGACGAGUCGCUUACACAGAAACAAUCUGAUCCAACAGAUAGAGCAGGCGUUGCGUGACUUGUCCCUUAUUGCAACUUACCUCGAUAAGUUGCUCUCGAAUAAUGUGAACCUUAUGCCAGUAUGCGAUUGACACCAUUUAACAACAGUUGUUGUUGAGAAUUCCCGGGUUUGAGGUGGCAACUUUGGCGUCGGGACUCGCUCCAUCUCUGUCUAUGGCCCGGUCAAAGCAGCAGCAGCAAUAAGAACAACAAGUAGUAUCUGAGCAGUGUUCUGGGAUAUGGGGCUUCAUGUAUGUGCAUAAGUGUCAUCCCAGAAUAUCCUGUGCAGAUUGCACAUACAUUAAGUCCUAUUAAAUUGUCAUCCCAGAUUAGCCUAUGCAGACUGCACAUACAUUAAGUCCUAUUAAAGUGUCAUCUCAGAUUAGCCUAUGCAGACUGCACAUACAUUAAGUCCUAUUAAAGUGUCAUCCCAGAUUAUCCUGUGCAGACUGCACAUACAUUAAAUCCUAUUAAAGUGUCAUCCCAGAUUAGCCUGUGCAGACUGCACAUACAUUAAGUCCUAUUAAAGUGUCAUCCCAGAUUAGCCUGUGCAGACUGCACAUACAUUAAGUCCUAUUAAAGUGUCAUCUCAGAUUAGCCUGUGCAGACUGCACAUUAAGUCCUAGUCAAGUGUCAUCCCAGAUUAGCCUGUGCAGACUGCACAUACAUUAAGUCCUAUUAAAGUGUCAUCUCAGAUUAGCCUGUGCAGACUGCACAUACAUUAAGCCCUAUUUUCCCAGAAUGAGGCUCACAUACUACACUUUACAUCAGUAUUGUAUGUGCCUGAAAAGUUCCUAGCAUCAAAUGGGAAUUAUGUUCUUUUAAAUUGAUCACGCUUAGUAAAUAAAAUGCCAAUAGCACUUGAUCUGAUAUCAAUUUUAAUCAUAGAAGGUCAGUGCAUUAAGUUUGGUAUAUUUUCGACAGAAAUUCAGCCCCUGAACCAAAAGUUUAUCCUUGCAGAAAAAUCUGCUUAAAUAGAAUUGUUAAAUCAUAUUCAAUUUAAGUAAAAUAAUUAUGUAAAAGCCUUCAGCUCAUUUCAAAAUUAUUUUCUUCAUUUAUUUUCAAUAUUUAUUUAAAUUACUGGAUUUUGUUUUAAGAGCCUGUUCCUACAGGAACCCAUGCAAUCAUAGAUCGGUACCUAGCUGAACAACAGGCUGUCUGGUCAGCUGGUCCCAGACGCCCAGUGACACUUCCUGGCCCAGGACCUUGGGGCAAAUGCUCAACUAGUCCUACUCGCAGGGUGGAGCCACACUGAACCUGGGGCUCCAUACUUUCUUGGCCUCGUCAAUAAGGGACACAUUCCUGGGAUGCCCUAAGGUCUUUCUAUCUGUUCACAGAGGUCUUAUACUCACAAGUUUAAGCCCAGUGAGCGAUGUUCACCAAAUCAAACUCUGCAUCUCAAUAGAAACCCUGAUAUCAAAGCGUUGAGCUUGUUCUUGAAGCAUUUGCACCAGCAACAGUCAUCAUAUCGAGUUACUGGCAUCUCUAUGGUGUGGAACCCUCCGUCUAUGAACAUCAUAACAGAACAUGAACCAGUGGCAGUCAUCAUCUCAAGAUUCUGGUUUAUCCAUGGUGCAGGACCCUCGGUCUGUAAAGAUCAUGCAGAGCGAACCUCAGAUGCCAUUUGACGAAAUCAAACUAUCCAAUCAGAAACACAGCCUGUUGCAGCAGUUGUUACCAUAUUGACCCCAGUCAAACCUAAGAAAUCCAUAGAUAUAUACUUUUUUAGAUGUGCUAGUCUCUACAUACCUCCUGGUUUGUUCAGCACUUACUCUGACUCUUUGAAUUUAAUGACACGUGAAAAUGAAUGACCUUGUUCCGUUCCAAAUGGCAAAAUGACACAUGACAACAAUUCAAGUGGAAAGCCAGAAAGUCAUGUCAACAGCCAAAUUUUUGUAUGUGUAACAGCCAAGUUGUUUUCAAAGAAAAACAAUAGUUUACGUUUUAUUUUUUAUGUGACCAAUGUUUCAUGGGAAUUAUGAUGCUGUCAGUCUCUUUAUGUUGAAAGUUUUGGUUAAACAUAGCAUGUAAAGUGUUUUUUUUAAAGCACACAUAUUGCAUUUAUAUCCAUUGUCUUUGUCUGUAUAAUGAAUUUUUUCACUACAUAGUUUGAUCCUUAUAAUGGUAAAUGUAUGGGAAAAACAAUUUUAUCAAAGAUAUUCUAAGAUUGUCAUGUCUGUUUAAAUGAUGCUGGUAACAUUGACAAUAUUGAAAAAAGGAGUAUUUUCAUGUUAUAAGAUAUGUUUCAGUUUUCUGUUUUUACCAGUAAUAUAGAUAAGCUAAUUUAAUGAAUUGUUUACAAAGGUUUAUAACUUUUAAGCUUCAGCUUUUUCUGUCUAGUAAUCCUUCCGAAAACAAUACUAGUCAAUUUGCUCAUUCGGGGUCGGUAUUCGAUCAUGAAUCUUGUUUAGUAGCAUACUAUUUCAUUGGAAUAAUAAUACAUUCUGUGAAAAAUUAUUUAAUCUAACUAAAAUUAUCGAUUCUGUAAAUACCAAUUUGUUGAUUUCAAUGGAUAUUGUUUGUAAAAUUAAUAUAGUAUGACUAUUGCGUGUUUGGGAAAGCUUUUAAUGAAACUCAGAAUUGAAAAAAAAAGAAAAAAAAAGAGUUUUAUGAAAAUUGGCAAAAAUUAUUAUUGUAAAUUUAUGUUGUUAGAUCAUAGACGUGUAUGCUCACAAUUGUUGAAUUUUGUUUUUGGACACAAUAGUUUAUUAUGCUUUAUGUUUGUUUAUGCACAUGAAGACGACCAGAGUGUAUCCUCUUUAAUAAGUGAAUAACUUAAUCAAGAUUUAUUGAUCACUGUAUAUAUUGUGUAGGUAUAUGUUACCAUUUAUACAUAAAAAAAACUGUAGAACAUUUGUAUUGUAAUGUAAAUUAUUCUUGUAUUGUUGCCAUUUGUAUAAGAUAAACUAGCUGUUUUCCUUAGUUUGUAAAAAAACUUUGUUAAAAAAGCAUUUCCUGCGUGAAUGCUCAUAUAUAUAUUAAAUUGUUAAAAUAAUGCACAGUACCAGAAAAAAAUAGUCAAUUACACAGUAAGGGAAAGUGUUGUCAUAUGCUAACAAUUGUAAAACAUUGCAAUUGUCUCUAUUUGUAAUAAUAGAGAGCAAUAUUAUUUGCUUAAAGUCACUAUAACGCUCAAAAUCAACGAAAAUUUCGUUAAGUAUUUCGUAAAAUAAAGAUAACACCUUUACAAUCAGUGUUCCUUAUAGCAAUAGCCAAAAUUUCAACGCUAGAUGUGGUAUGAUUACAUAGAUUUUUGUAGAUACAAAAUGCUCGUUUUUAUUUAUUUGUGGCCACAAUUAAUUCCCGCGAAUAUAUCUAUUCAUACGACACACGAACACCAUUUUAGUGUUCAUGUGUCGUAUGAAUAGAUAUGCAAAACAACAAUAAAAACGAGCAUUUUGUAUCUACAAACAUCUGUUUUAUCAGACCACAUCUGACGUUGAAAUUUCGGCAAUUGCCAUAAGAAACACUGAUUUUAAUUGGUUAAGUUUAUUUUACGAACAAUUGUACGAAAUUUUCGUUGAUUUUGAAUAGUAAUGUUACUUUAAAAAAUAAAAACAAAGAUGUCUGCUUUGUAAAUUAAUAAUUGUGUUUACAUCUCAACAUAACAUGUAAAUACAUUAAAGUCUAAAAGGAUUUUUUGGAAUAAACACUUAAAUAAAUAUAUGUGCGUAUAUACACUGAUAAUAAAAUUUAACAUUUCAUUUAGUUUUGUAACAGUGCUUUUGACCUUUCACGUUAAACAUCCCACACUUGCUGUCAGUGCAGUGCCUUUAUUAGGGUCAUUUUUAAGCCCCGGGUAGGGUGGCAUAUAGCAGUUGAACUGUCCGUCAGUAUGUCAGUCUGUCCGUUUGUCCGGAAAAAACUUUUACAUUGGCCAUAACUUUUUAAAUAUUGAAGACAGCAACUUGAUAUUUUGCAUGCAUGUGCAUCUCAUGGAGCUGCACAUUUUGAGUUGUGAAAGGUGAAGGUCAAGGUCAUCCUUCAAGGUCAAAUGUCAAAUAUAUGGCGUCUGUCGGUCCUUCCGAAAACUUUAACAUUGGCCAUAACUUUUUCAAUAUUGAAGAUAGCAACUUGAUAUUUGACAUCCAUGUGUAUCUCCUAGAGCUGAACAUUUUGAGUGGUAAAAAGUGAAGGUCAAGGAUAUCCUUCAAGGUCAAAGGUCAAAAAAAAUAUCAAAGCGUGUUCCCAUGAAGCUGCACAUUGUGAGUGGUGGAAGGUCAUCGGUCAAGGUCAUCCUUCAAGGUAAAAGGUAAAAAAAAAAUCAAAGCGGCGUUCUAAUGAAGCUGCACUUUGUGAGUGGUUGAAGUUCAAGGUUAAGGUCAUCCGUCAAGGUCAUCCUUCAAGGUCAAAGGUAAAAAAAAAUAAUUAAUUCAAAGCGGCGUUCUCAUGAAGCUACACAUUUUGAGUGGUGGAUUUUCAAGGUCAAGGUCAACCUUCAAUGUCAAAAAAAAUCAAAGCGGCGCAAUAGGGGGCAUACUGUGUUUCUGAUGAACACAUCUCUUGUGUGUAAAUAUCCCACUGUUUAAGUUCAGCAAAUGUUUUAAGACCAGAUUUCCUUAAACUUGGGGUUGUUAUUAUUUUACUUUUAUUGAAUGCAUGAAACAUUUGUGUUCUGUUGUUGAAUAGCUAAACAUAGCUUGAUGUUUGUAAAUUGUGUGACAAAUGUUGAUCAAAUUGAUACAUAGAAAAAAACACAAUCUUCAUUAACUUGUAUGUGUUAAUUAUCAAACACAAAUAAAAGUAUUUGGUAACAAUAUAACUAUUGUGCUUUAUUCGAAAUACAGUGUGAAAUGCAAUUUUAAAAUCAUGCCUUUAUAUGUUCAUCUUCUCCAAAUAAGCAUUUUGAAUAAGCAAAUAUAAUAUCUCUAUGGAAAGUAUCCGUAGGCCCCAUUCAAUCGCUUGUGUACCUCAUAUUGAUCAGGGUCUUCCUAAAUUAUUUCAGGAUUGUUUAUCCCUGUCUGAAUUGUGAAAAUAGCUGCAACAUCGUGAGAUAUCUGUUGAGAGGAUUUUAAUAUUAAAAGUUAAAAUGGUAGCUUAACUCUAACCGUACAUCUGUUGCAUUUAUUUUAACAUGUUUAUAUGUUGUUCCUCACUGAGUUUUAUAUUGUCUAUAAUCUUGCGUACUUUAAUUGUGUUUUUAAAGACAAACAUCAUGAUACUGAUUAUGUUGUUUUUGUCCAACAUUUCUAUAUAUACAAGUUGUAUGUAAAUAGUUAAAUAUGUUUAUGUUGAUGAUAUGUAUUUCCCGAUCUAAGUUUGAUGUUGAACUCUCAAUGAACAACAUGUUUUGCCAAUUAAAUCCCGAAUGAUU